AUGCGCUCCAAGUAUGUUGAAAGUGAUGCGGACGAAGAGCUGCUUUUUAAUAUUCCAUUUACCGGCAAUGUCAAGCUUAAAGGCAUCAUCGUAAUGGGAGAGGAUGACGACUCGCACCCCUCUGAGAUGCGGCUGUAUAAAAACAUUCCACAGAUGUCCUUUGGUGAUACAGACAGGGAGCCAGACCAGACCUUUAGUCUGAACCGGGAUGUUACGGGAGAAUUAGAGUAUGCUACAAAAAUUUCUCAUUUUUCAAAUGUCUACCAUUUCUCUAUCCACAUUUCAAAAAACUUUGGAGCAGAUACCACCAAAAUCUUUUAUAUUGGUCUGAGAGGAGAAUGGACUGAGCUUCACCGACAUGAAGUGACCAUUUGCAAUUAUGAAGCAUCAGCCAACCCCUCUGACCACAAAAUCCAUCAGGUUACUCCACAGACUCACUUCAUUUCCUAA